UUGAAUGCAGCACGAGGAGAAGCGCUACACGUCAGUAGAAGCGAGUACUGACCAGGAAGUGGCGUAGCUAGCUAGCAACGGAGAAUGAGCAGCUGAGACUCUGGCAUUUUGACAGCUUCAGAAGGGCAGGAUGGGCAGGCAGAGGAAGAGGGUGGUGACGGGUGAAGCAGCUCCCCUCCCAACGGAAAGAUGAGAAGCCCUCUGCAUUUCACCGCAAGGAGAAGAAAAAGAAAGUCGAUAUUGGCAAAGUCUUCAUCAACAUCUCCAUCGGCCUUUGCAUAUUCAGUUUGAUUUGGUUCUUUUAUGCCCUCUACAUGCGGUCCAGUCUGGCCAAACGGGUAGUGACUCUGCACCCGUCAUCUCCUGUCCUGGAUGCCAACAGCAGCAGCGCCAAGGUUUCCCCAGAGAGGUUCUGGGGCUCGUACAGGCCGCAGGUCUACUUUGGCAUGAAAACCAGGAGUCCAAGGUCAAUUGUGACAGGCAUGAUGUGGAUGCGUCAGUUUUCUGAUCUGGACGUAAACUUGAGGCACACCUGUGAGCAGGGGGAUCGUUUGCAAGGCUAUGGCUGGCUGAUGCAUGAUGGGCUCACCUUUGGUGUCCAGGAAAUCCGGGACAACGAUUUCAUCCUAACCACAGAAUUUGUCAAGCGGAUGGGAGGGGAUCAUGGAGGAGACUGGACCUGGAGGAUCACCGCCAAACAGCAUAGCUCUGCUCCUCAAGCACCCGUCAUCUCCCUGAUGUUUUACGCAGCAGCAGACACACAGGGCUCACUAGAGGCUCACGUGGAGGAGAGAAACCGCCUCGCAUCCAUCACUGGUUUCUCAGAGGAGCUUGGCAACUUCAAGAUCACCUUCCGUAAGCCUGUGACUGGGGAAUUAUCCAGUGCUAAAUAUGCCAGUUACAACUAUCUUCAGACUGUGUCUCCUGGCUUGGAGAAGCUGACUGACAUUGUGAAGCACAGUCUGAAUCACAGGUUUGUCUACAACCUUCCCUCUGGUGAGAAGAGGCAUUACAUUGCUGUAGACACCUACAAGCCUCCCCAUCACCAAAACCAACAGAAACCUGCUGACACAAGGAAAGAGAGUGACUUUGUGGUUCACCAGGUGACGAUUCAGACACCGUUCCAGAUCGAAGUUCUGUUUGAGUCUGGAAGCUUCCAUGAUCGUCCCAACCAAUUGGUGGGCUCGAUCAUGACACAGGAGCUGGAGAAGAGGAAAGCUGAGUUUGACGCGAAGUUUGAGAGGACUUUUGGGCUUGCGAGCAAAGGUUUUAGCCAGGCACACAUUAAAUUUGCCAAGGCAGCGCUCAGCAACAUGUUGGGUGGAAUGGGCUAUUUCUAUGGCCAGUCAGUUGUGCAGUCAGUCUACAAUGAGUACCCACUCCUGUACCCUGAAGGUGCUUUAUUCACUGCUGUGCCAUCGCGUUCUUUCUUCCCCAGAGGAUUCCUUUGGGAUGAGGGCUUUCACCAGCUGCUGCUGAGUAAGUGGGAUCCCCAGGUGACAAGGGAGGCUAUUGCCCACUGGAUAGAUCUAAUGAAUAUGGAGGGCUGGAUCCCUCGUGAGCAGAUCCUUGGAGAUGAGGCUCGCAGUAAGGUCCCAGCUGAGUUUGUAGUUCAGCGGAACGAGAAUGCCAAUCCACCUACUCUUUUCUUAGCUCUUCAGGAACUAAUUGAACAGCUCUCUGCUAAUCCAGACGAGGCAGCUUUCCAACCAACUUUGCCUUUCCUCCGCCGGCUCUUCCCCAGACUGAAAACCUGGUUUGAAUGGUACAACACCACGCAGACAGGACCCCUACCCAACUCCUACCGCUGGCGUGGGCGGGACAAGGACACCAAUCUGUUCCUCAAUCCCAAGACCUUGACCUCUGGGUUGGAUGACUACCCUCGAGCAUCACACCCCUCAGCAGAUGAGCGGCAUGUGGAUUUACACUGCUGGAUGGCCUUGUCCUCAGGCAUUAUGGCUAGUGUAGCUCGGCUCCUAGGCGAGCCUUAUCAUGACUACGAACUUUCCUACCAAGUGCUCAGUGACAACAGCUUGCUGAAUGAGCUCCACUGGUCAGAACAACUCCGUGCUUUCAGUGACUUUGGCAACCACACUCAGGCCGUAUCUUUGCAGCAGGAGAAGGUGUAUGUACCUCCUGGACAACCUCGUCAUCAGUUCCCAGUGGCUCGCCUUGUGCGCUCAGUCCGCAGGGCCCCCAAGCUGCAGUAUGUUAAUGCUCUGGGUUAUGUUAGCUUGUUCCCCUUCUUACUGCACAUCCUCCAACCUGACUCACCCAAGCUAGAACAUAUCUUCCGAGACAUGAGAGACUCCAGUAAGCUGUGGACACCCUACGGCCUGCGCUCACUCUCUAAGGCUGAUCCCUUGUAUUUGAAGCGAAACACAGAACAUGAUGCCCCCUACUGGAGGGGCCCAAUUUGGAUUAACAUCAACUACUUGGCAGUGAGAGCUCUCCAUCACUACAGUAACACAGAAGGGCCAUACCAAGAAAAGGCAGCUGCUCUUUAUGAAGAACUCAGGACUAACAUUAUCAAUAAUGUUUAUAGACAGUAUGUGGAAACAGGAUAUAUCUGGGAACAGUACAAUGACAGCACUGGCAGGGGCCAAGGAAGCCACCCGUUCACUGGCUGGUCUGCACUGACAGUAUUAAUGAUGGCUGAACAGUACUAAUACUGUAGAUUUCAUCUCAUUUUUUUGAAGAUACCAACCUUCAUUUAUCUGGAUGUGACUGAAACAACACCAGUGUUAUAGAAAUAUGACUUGUCUAGUUUUUAAAAUUCUAUUGACAAGAUCCAGCUGAAAAACAGGCAUUUAUGAUCUCAUUUCCACAUUUAACCUUUUAUUGACAUAACAGGUUUUUCACAGGUAUUCUCUGAAGGGCAAUUUCAAACAAGUGUAAGUGCAGCUACCCUGACUUUGCUGUGUACUUAAGAUGCAUUUUACUUAAUGAAAUCAUGUCACAGACACCUUCACAUGCCUGCACCUUCACUGCUUCAACCUGCAAUCUUUAAUGUGGAAAAUGAAGACUGGCAUAGACAGUCAUUUACUUUUCUUUUAACAUGCAGGAAACUUGUGGUCCACCUCUCUUAGGGAGGAUUCAUGCUUUCCCACUAGAUGUGAGGACAAUUUUAAAUGGACAACUGUUGACAGAUUUGUCACAAGUUUCUUGAAAAAUUUGUGCAUAAAUCAGCAAGUUGUGCUUUCACUUGACAAAUAAGGGACUUCAUCGUUACAUGUGCCAUUUUCUAUUUAAUCUAUCAUACAUCCUUGUUUCUCUGUCUUAAUGAAUGAUCAUUUUGAUAUUUAAUUGUUUUGCUCAGCAUCUCUGAAAUUACUGCUUCUAAAAGCAGCCCUAUUUUGUAUACACAGCCUGUGAUUUGACUGGCAGGGAACAUUGGUGACAUUGGUCUUGUUUUGUUAAAAACAAUAAAAACGGUUUAAAUAUUU